AAGAAAGCAAAACGAUCACAAAGGUUAUUACGAUCACAAAGGUUAUUACGAUCACGAAGGUUAUUACGAUCACGAAGGUUAUUACGGAUUACAAAGGUUAUCACGAUCACAGAGGUUAUCACGAUCACAAAGGUUAUCACGAUCACAAAGGUUAUCACGAUCACAAAGGUUAUCACGAUCACAAAGGUUAUCACGAUCACAAAGGUUAUUGUGA